AUGGAUGAACCAAAAAAGGAUUCACCUCUUUCCGCAGAAGAACUUAAAAAUAAGGGCAAUGAAUGUGUAAAAGAUGGAAAAUUUAUUGAAGCAGUAUUACAUUAUACUCACGCGAUUAAAAUGGACCCAAAUAAUUAUGUUUUAUAUAGUAACAGAUCAUAUGCUUUCCUUAAAUUGGAUCAACAUUACUUAUCGCUGCAAGAUGCCAAUGAAACUGUAAAAUUACAACCUCAAUGGGCUAAGGGAUAUUUUCGACGUGCUGAAGUUGAAUGUGCUAGUGGAUUAUAUGAUGAAGCAAUAAUAUCAUACACAAGAGCAUUACAAUUAGAUCCUCAUAAUCCCAAAUUAAUAGAAUGUAUUAAAAAUAUAACCGAUAUGCAAAAGCAAAAAAUAAAAGGUAAUCAGAACACGAUUUGGAUAUGCACAUGUUUGGGCUUCAUAGUUGGCAUAGCUGUUGUUAUAUUGGACUACACAUUGACAUCAAGCCCUACAUUGGGGCAUCCCUUCAGUAUGGUAGCCUUCUCAAUUGCAUUGGCUGGUUUAGGCUGGGCAAUAGGUAAAUCAGUUACAUUGAUGAACACAUGGAGUGCUGGUAAAUCUCUUCAACCUCCAGAUGAUUUAGCUGGAAGUGAUAGUCCAAGUAACGAGACAGUGCAACCAGAAAAGAAAGCCAAGUAUAGUAAAGCUCAAGCACGACAAAGAUAUAAGCAAGGAAGACUUUAG